AUGUCUAGCCCUAAAAUUCGUGGCUUGAAUCUUGACGUUUUACCUCAGAAUUAUCCCCAGCCAAGCCACUUUAACAUAGAAAAUGUUAUAAGGAAUAAUAUUUUAUCUUUGGAACCAUAUCGCUGUGCUCGCGAUGAUUACGAUCAAGGUAUCCUUCUAGACGCAAACGAAAAUUCACUUGGCUCAACGGUUCAGGCGGAUCAAGAGCAGGAAUUACACAGAUACCCUUCACCUUCUCACCCAGCGAUUAAGGAGUCAGUCACAAGGCUUAGAUCUUUGCCUUCGAUCGAUUACGUUUUCUUGGGCGUCGGUUCUGAUGAGGUUAUUGAUCUCCUUUAUCGUGUUUGCUGUACUCCAUCUCAAGAUAAGGCCUUGACUUGUCCACCAACUUACGGCAUGUAUGGCGUUUGCGCUGUUAUAAACGAUGUUCAAGUCGAGAAAAUACCUUUAGAUGUCAACCAAGGUAGAUUUCAACUUGACGUUGGUCGUAUUCAGGAUGCUUAUGCGAAAGAUGUCGACAAUAAGCUGAAAUUAACCUUCAUUUGCUCACCAGGUAAUCCAACUGGGAGUCUCAUCAACCUCAAAGACAUAAUCACACUCCUUGAAGACGAGAACAAUAACGGUUUAAUCGUAGUUGAUGAGGCAUACAUCGAUUUCAGUGAUAAUGAUGCAUCUGCUGUGCAAUUAGUCGAAAAGUACAGCAACUUGAUAGUGAUGCAAACACUUUCAAAGAGCUUCGGUCUGGCUGGGAUCAGACUUGGCAUUGCAAUUGCUCAACCACCGCUUAUUCAAGUACUAUCAAACACAAAAGCACCUUACAACAUAUCAACUCCUACAGCCAAGCUAGCUGAGGAAGCUCUUAGCGAGAAGGGAGUUGGGAAUAUGAAAUCAUUUGUCGCAGAGUUGAAGAAGAACAGAGAUUUCUUGAUUAGUGAGUUGAGCUCAUUCAAAAACGUAGAUAGAGUGAUAGGCUCAAACGACGCCAACUUUGUUAUGCUUCCAAUAUUGAAUGAUGAAGGUAAAAAGGACAAUGAAAAGGCUAAGUACAUCUACAAGCACCUGGCUGAAACAGAUAAGAUUGUGGUGAGAUAUAGAGGAUCAGAAAUCGGAUGUGAAGGGUGCCUGAGAAUAUCGAUUGGUACAAAGACAGAAUGUGUAGAGCUGCUUGAGAAGCUCAAGAAGUUACUGUAA